GUUUAAUUUAAAAAAACAAAAAGUGACUGUUGAGCAAUUUGUUUAAAUGGAUGUCUGGCGAGAAGAUUUUUUUGCAGAAACACUGUCAUACCAGAGGAGCUGCAACCGUUUUAGUUAAUGAUCAUGAGUCGAUUCGAUGGUCAAGAUCUUGGGCUUCAGUUGAGGAGGUACAAGUUUCAAUCUGGAGGGGUCAAAAUACGUGGGUUCAAAUCUAAGUUUACAAAUGGAUAUACCAGAGUUGAAGACUUAUGCAAAGACCAUUUCCAACAGGGGAUAAACACAGGUUACUUGAGGGCAUUUGAUCCUGUGGUCCUUGGAAACGGUAGAAGGCCAGCAGACUCAUCUCCGCGUACCUGGCAAGAAGGGUUUCUUUUAGAUUGUUGCUUAUAUGCUUUCCUGGACAGGCUAUAGGAAAGUAUCAAAAAGAAGGAAGAUGGAUCUGAGAGAAUUUUUAGGAUGGUCUAAUGGGGAGCUAAUGAGAUCAGAUGCAAAACCCUGCUCAACAAUGAUGCGACAAACUGCUGGCAUCUUCAGUGUUGGUGGAGCUCUGGCAUUUUGGACUCUUGCUAGGGUAUACUAUGGUCCACGAAUACAAAUCCCCAGGGCAUUUAGAUGGUGUUUGUGUGGGGCAGUUUCAGGGAGCUGUAGCUCAGCUUUGCUUGUUCACCUUUUUCUACCUGAAUGUGAGCCACAAAAUAUAGCUGCAUAUGACAAACAUGCUUCUUGAAGAUGCGACCAGUUCAGUGUCCUGUACUAUUAUUAUCCAUCAUUUCAACUUAUACAAUAGAACCAAUAAUUUUUCUCUGUUGGAUCAAAAUUUAAAUGUUAAGAUUUAAUCACCGUACCAGCUAUCAGGUGUUGCUGAAGUUCUAUUAGAGUGAAGAGUGUUAGUGUGGUGGAUGUAUCUCAUUCUUUAAAUAUUAAUACAUACUUCCAUUUUUUAUGU